AUGACGUCGGAGUGGCUAAGGCGCUCAGGGCGUCUCCCGCUGUGGUUGGACAUAUACGACGAGAAGCUGCGACGAACCUUCGGCUGGGUGACACGGCGACGAUUGAACGAGCCUCCUGUUGAAUCCGGUCCUGACCCAAUCUUCGAUGCCAUCAAUGCUCAUAUGUUCCGCGUGGUGGCACUGGGGGUGCACUUCGAUGCGCCGUAUUUCUCCCUUCUGCGUGGAGAGGCGCCAGCUCUCCGUCAGCUCUACCUAUCGCCCACGCGCUAUCAACGAGACUCGGGCCCCGUCCCCUUCCAUCUCGCAGACACGCCGCCGCGUCCACGUCGCGUUAUCCUCCGCAACACAACCUAUAACUCCGUCGACAUCGACUGGGCGGGGGUGACGCGUUUCGAGGCCUUUUCUCUUUCCGUCGAUGAUUCUCUACUCAUUCUCCAGCACUCGCCCCAUUUAAUUCAUUGUAGGAUCCGGGACAUCACCACCAACACUUUGCCCUCCACUCUUCCUUCUCCACAUAUCAACGUCCCCUCUCUUCAAACACUUGUCCUCGAGAGAAGCCGGGACGGCCCCUCGGCCUUGCUUCCCCACUUGCUCGCCCCCGCCCUCCAGACCCUCAAAACGGAUGCGCACUUACAUAUCGUCUCCUCUUUCAUCGCGCGCUCCAAAUGUUCGCCGCGGAGCCUCGUGCUCAAUGCCGGCCAAGCAAACCCACAGGAGCUUCUCGAGUUGCUCGAGAAGACGCCCUCACCGAGCUCAAUGUGUCGCAUGCCGAGAUGCACAAUAUGCUUUUCGAGCGUCUGGCUGCGACAGCUCUGA